AUGCGGCUUCAGGCGGACGUCCUGCGUUACAUGACGAAGGGGGAGUUUCGUGUGCUGACUGCCGUCGAGAUGGGCAUGAAGAACCAUGAGUUUGUGUCUGCACAGCUCAUUGAGCAAAUAGCAGGGCUACGAAGACAUUCCAUUCGGCAAACUCUUAGCUCAUUGUUGAAAAACAAGCUGAUUUACCACUCGUCCAAGUCGUACGAUGGAUACAAACUCACCUACUUGGGCUAUGACUACCUCGCCCUUCAUGCCUUAACGAAGAGGGGUCUUAUUAAAGGAGUGGGUGUUAGGAUGGGAGUUGGGAAGGAGUCAGAUAUUCAUAUCUGUGAAGGCACCGACGGAAAGGUAUUGGUUCUCAAACUACACAGGCUGGGCCGCAUUUCCUUUCGUUCAAUCAAGAAGAACAGGGAUUAUAUGCAGCACAGAACGCAUUGCAGCUGGCACUACUUAGCCCAUUUAGCGGCCGUCAGAGAAUUUGCGUAUCUCAAGGCCUUGCAUGCCCACGGCUUCCCCGUCCCGCAGCCUCAAGACAUGAACAGGCAUGCGGUGCUCAUGGAGUACAUUGAUGCAAUUCCGCUGACACAGGUACGCGAACUGGCCUCCCCAAUGACGGUUCUGGAGCGCCUAAUGAAGCUCAUUGUUCGGUUAGCUCACUGUGGUUUGAUUCAUGGAGACUUCAACGAGUUUAACUUGAUGAUUAACGAGGAAAACGGGAGCAUCACGAUGAUCGAUCUUCCCCAGAUGGUUUCCAUCUACCACCCGAACGCGGCCGUGUACUUCGCCCGAGAUGUUGAAUGUAUCAAGAGACUGUUUGAGAGAAAAUUUCUUGUAGAGGUUUCCAGUGUACCCAAAUUCGAGGAAGUUGUGGGUGAGCCCGAAAAUUUAACUGCUUCCAGUCGUCGAUCCGAUAUUCUAUCCAGUGAAGCUACGUCUUCUCAUGGAGACGAAGGAGAUGAAGUAGUGAGCAAAUGCAAAAGGAUACUAGUGUCAGAUGGUCUAGACGACUGUCAGACGAAACUGCUGGAAGGAGCUUUGGCUGCUCGGCUAGACGCGCAGGGAAUCUCUUCUAUUUCUGACCAAGGGGAUACAGAAGAAGAAUGUUCUUCCGUAUCCUCUGGACAAGAGGACGAGGCGGAGGAGGACGAGGCGAGCAGCGAAGAGGGUGGAACCAGCGGCAGCGGUGCGCGCUGGUCCCUUUCCAUAUUAAUUAAACCUCAUUUUGAUGCAUGCAGCAACCAACUCCCUGUUGGAGACGUAGACGAACCGCCGAGCCGUCCCUUAGUGCCCGAGGAGCAGCAGGCGCUGAUUCACUGCUGGCGUCCAACAGCCCGAAGGCAUACACGAGACUCAGUGAGAAAGAGAGUUCAAGCGAAGAACCAGAAGAGGAACGGCAGGGGAAACUUUGGAUCGAACAAGAACGCCGAGAGAAUCAGGGCCAAGCAAAUGGCCAAGUUUGAUUGUUAG